AUGUCAAAAAAUCAGCAUUCUCACGUCGUCGAAGAGUCUCUCCAAGAGAUCCAUGAGACUAAAAAUGAGGUCAUGAACAUCGAGGAGAAAUCCAAAAAUGAAUCUGGAUUGACUCAAAGGCAGUCCUCUAAAAAUGAAGAAGAAGUUGAUGAAAAAGAAAUUGAAGAAGUUGAUGAGGAUGAAGUGGAUGAAGAAGAAGAAGAAGUCUAUUUUCUGGUUAUGUAUCUGAGGCUAGAUUCAUCUUCCUUUCGCAAAGAUGUUGAAUGUCCUAUCUGUCUUGGCAUCAUUCAAAACACAGUUACUGCAAUGAAAUGUUUGCAUCGCUUUUGCAGAGAGUGCAUACACAAGAGCAUUCGACUUGGUAAGAAAGAAUGUCCUACUUGUCGUGUACAUUGUCCUAGCAAAAGAUCUAUGAGAGAUGAUCCAUCCUUUGAUGCUAUCAUUGAAGUUCUAUAUCCAAAUAUUGACAAGUCAGAGAAAGAGGUAAGAUAUACAUAUUGA